AUGCCACAUUGCGAUAAUCUAUCUACACAUGUGAGCAGUGAGGAUAAAUUUUGUUGGGUGCCCUACGAUUUUUACUGUGCAUCACGGUUAAAAUUGACUAAGUUAGAUAAAAAGUUCCGCAAUGUCACUUUGCCCUACGAUUACCAUCUACACGUGACAGGGCUAAGUGGAACGCUGCCAUCGAUCACGGGUGAGGACUAUGGACAGGCCAGUAACAACAACAGCAAUGCUGGCAGUGGCGGCACAGGGACAACCAAGUCCUCCAGCCUGCCUGCUUUUUCACAUCCUUACGCUAGGAGCUACCCUCGCUAUGCACCUACUUACUCAACUCAGCAGGUUGCAGUUGCAGCAGCAGCAGCAGCAGCGGCUGCUGCCGCAGCCGCAGACGUAGUGUCGUGGACAGGCUAUCCCCCCGGGGCUGACUCGGUCUCGGGCUCACAGUACGUCACAUCCAACUCCCUUGGGGUAGGCACGGGUGGGCGAAGACACCAACCAACCCAGGCCCAGCCUCAGAUAGUCCAACAGCACCAAGCCCAGCAUGCCAUACACAUCAUCGAGGCGGAGAACCGCGAGUGCGUGAACUGUGGGGCGGUAUCGACGCCGCUGUGGCGGCGGGAUGGCACCGGUCACUACCUCUGCAACGCUUGUGGCCUUUACCACAAGAUGAACGGCAUGAAUCGGCCACUGGUUAAGCAAUCAAAGCGCAUGGCAUCAAGACGCGUUGGCCUUACUUGCAGCAACUGCAGCACGCAGAUAACCACGCUUUGGCGACGCAACGCCCAAGGUGAUGCAGUUUGCAACGCCUGUGGACUUUAUUUUAAGCUACAUGGCGUUCCCCGUCCUCUAGCCAUGAAAAAGCCUACCAUACAGACACGCAAGCGCAAGAACAAAAACAUGAAGACCAGUGACACUUCGAUCCUUGGCCCUGCGACCCCGUGCACAAUCAGCGCCAAUAAUAGCAUUUCUAGCGUUAAUAAUAGCAUCAGCCUUAAUAAUCACAAUAACAAUAAUAAUAAUAAUGACAGCCAUAUCAACAACAAUAAUAACAUCCUUAAAAUAGAUCCAGAUAACUACAACGAUUUGCGACUUAGUCACAUUGGAGUAGCUCAUCAGACUACCUAUGCUUCGAGCCUAUUCAGCACUCAGCCUCAGACCAGCCGAAUGUCCACUAUACCCUACCAGUCAAACAUCUAUUAUGACGUGUUGUCUCAACAGCAGCAUGAACAACAACAACAGCAACACCAAAGCAACUUGUUUGAGGAUCAUCAUGCGACUAAAAUAGAGUGUCCGUCACCAUGUAAGACCCCAACAUCACCCGAUCACUAUCAGAUAGCUGCCACCUCGCCACACAUCGUUACUUUAAACAAUACGUCUCCAGUGCCUGCGGGAAAGCUGCUCAUCGAUACCAUAGAUCGUGCAACUGUUGAUUCGAUGUCCUCGUAAAAACAGCUUUCCCAUUUCAAAGCUUAGGGUAGGGUAUUACGUGCAUGUUUCUACUAUCAAGCAUGAUAACUGCGUGCAAAUUUUCUACACCAUAAAACAAACUAAGUCCAAUGUUAUUUUAGCGCAAAAAAGGGGAAUGCAUUAAAAACAACUUUCUUAGAUUGUUAGAGGGUCGAUGCUAUUAAUGAAGAUUAUAUUGUUAUGCAUACUAUGACUUUAUAUUGUAAAAUACGUAUGCAAUUCAGAUUUAUAAAACUUAAUGUAAUAAUGACGAAUAGUGGCAAAAGUAUUUAAGAAAUGUUACAAAAGUUUGAGCUUACUUUUAAAAUAUAAAUGUUUUAAGACUGGAUGUAA